AUGGGCAGAACAAAACUACCGCCAUAUCCAUUCGGCGAAACACUGAAAGCAGCCGCAUCCUACAACCUCUCACAGCGCCUACCCUCGCCGCCGGCCUCACCGCCAUCUCGUCCUCCCGCCUCCAAACUCCCGCCCGAACCCGCACUCCCUCUCCUCCCUCACCCACGCGCACCGCCACCUCCUCUCCCUCCUCACCCCGCAACAAGUCCCCCCCCCGCACCACCCCUCUCCCACCUCCCCCCGCUGCACCUCGCCGCCCUCAAAGGCGACACCACAACCCUCACCACCCUCCUCACCACCACCACCACCACCCCCAGCACAGACCCCAACUCCCGCGCCACCCUCUUCCACGGCAAAACGCCCCUCUACUACGCCACCCUCGCCGGCCACCUCCCCGCCGUCCGCGCCCUCCUCGACCACGGCGCAUCAAUAAACACCCCCUCCGAAAUCACCCACGGCAAGCCCGCGCUGCACCUCGCCGUCUCCUCCGGCAACGCCCCGCUCGUGCGCCUACUACUCAAGCGCGGCGCCGACGCCGCCAUCGAGGACUACAAAGGCCGCACCGCACUCCUCUGGGGCGCGCGGUCGGCGCCGCGCGGGGCGGAGCUGGUGGACGUGCUGCAUGCGCUGGUGGCCGGCGGCGCGAGCGUCAAUGUCAAUGCGUGUGAUCUGGAGUACGGCGCAGCGGGGCGCGAGCGUGGUGGCGCCGACGUUCUAUGA